AUGACAUCACAUGUGAUGUGGCUGUGCAAGCUCUUCAGCUGUCGAUUCACAGAAGCAACCGAUGCAUCUGCUCAGCGUCACAGCACCGAACACCGUCCCAGCUCCGAUACCCCUCCCCUAAGCCCAGUUCUCGACCAAGAUGACGAGUCCUGGCUUCGAAGCAUCCUCGAAGAUGACAGUCCCCCUCCCCCUUUGCCACCGCGCAUCAAGACCCCCCAGAUCGAUCUGUCGUCAGCCGACGAGAGCGAACUAGAGGCUAAGGAAGAAAAGCACCCCAACCGUCUCACAGCCUUAUUCACGAGACACAAGAAGCAGGGCGAUGAGCUCAAGCCAGAGGAUGUUGUUGUUUCUACCCAGGAAGCCGAACAGGAGACAAAGGACCUCGGAAAUGUCCUCGAUCGUCUGAACCUUCAAGCCAAGAACAACAAGAUCAUCUCCCUCUCCAACGAGUCGUCCGAGCUCCUGUCGCGCUUCACACAGGUCUUCAAGGACCUCGCCAACGGUGUCCCGACGGCAUACAACGAUCUCGCAAGCCUCAUCGAGGACCGCGACGGCGCCAUCAACCGAGGCUUUGAGAAGAUGCCUUCGUCCCUCCAGAAGCUCGUCACUCAGCUUCCAGACAAGCUGACGUCGUCUCUGGCGCCAGAGAUUCUCGCAGCUGCGGCCGAGAGUCAGGGUCUCAAGGCACAGACGGAAAAGGGCGUCAAGGGGGCUGCCAUGGACCUGCUCAAGCCUCAGAACUUGACUGACCUCGUGACGAAGCCUGGUGCUAUUGUUAGUAUGCUCAAGGCCGUCGUCAACGCCCUGAAGGUGCGGUGGCCCGCGUUUAUCGGCACAAACGUCAUCUGGAGCCGCGGCCGCGAGGUCCGACUUGAGCGCGAAAAGUCCGAAACUGAGAUUCCUAUUGAUGGAAGCGAGCGCAUCGAGGAGCUUCCUGAUGAUCCUCAGCUCCCUGCACCCGAGACCGCUACCGCGACCUCGAGCACGAACCCAGCGGCUACUAGAGAGCCUGUAUCGCCAUUAUCGGAGCCAUCGCCGGCCAGUUCUUAUGAGUUUGGAGUGCGUUCGCAUGGUAAUGAGCAAUAUCUUACGACUCAAGUUAUGACGACAAUGGAUGAUAUGAUAAGGCCGAUACUGGGCCAUGAAGCAGAGGAUACCAGGUUUCAUUAG